AACUGCUACAUGGUGUGGGGGGGGGAGUUUGCGACCCCCACCCAGCAGGCCAGGGUGUCCCACACCGACCUGGUCAUCGGCUGCCUGGUGGACCUGGCCACGGGGCUCAUGACCUUCACAGCCAACGGCAAAGAGAUCAACACCUUCUUCCAGGUGGAGCCCAACACCAAACUGUUCCCGGCGGUGUUCGUGCAGCCCACCACCCAAAACGUGCUCCAGUUCGAGCUGGGCAAGCUCAAGAACAUCAUGCCCAUCUCGGCGGCCAUGUUCAGCAGCGAGCGGCAGAACCCGGCGCCGCAGUGCCCGCCCCGGCUGGUGAUCCAGCAGCUGACGCCGGUCACCUGGAGCCGCAUGCCCACCGAGUACCUGGCCGUGGAGAGCGCCCGGCUGGGAGAGCGCCAGGGCUGGGCCGUGGAGUGCUCCGAGCCCCUGCAGAUGAUGGCCCUGCACAUCCCCGAGGAGGACAGGUGCAUCGACAUCCUGGAGCUGUGGGAGCGCGAGGAGCUGCUGCAGUUCCAGUGCCACACGCUGCGGCUCUACUGCGCCGUGUGCGCGCUGGGCAACAACCGCGUGGCCCACGCGCUCUGCAGCCACGUGGACCAGGCCCAGCUGCUCUUCGCCAUCGAGACCCCCGAGCUGCCGGGACCCCUGCGGGCCGGCUACUACGACCUGCUGCUGGCCAUGCACCUGGACGCGGCGCAGCGCGCCCGCUCCUCCAUGAGCGCCGAGUUCAUCGUGCCCAUCACCGAGGCCACGCGCUCCAUCGCGCUCUUCCCCGACGGCGGGCGAUGCCCGGGACCCCCGGGCGUGGGGCCCAGCGCCUGCUUGAGACCCCAGCCUCAUUUCUCGGAGCCCUGCUUCAUCCGGGCCGGGGGCGGCGGAGGGCGGGCGCCGCUCAGCCCGGCCAUCCCGCUGGACGAGCUGGGAGCCAAGGCCAUGCGCAUGCUGGCCGAGGCGGUGGCCGGAGGGGGUCCCCACGCCCGGGACCCCGUGGGGGGCAGCGUGGAGUUCCAGUUGGUGCCCGUGCUCAAACUGGUGUCGGCGCUGCUGGCGGUGGGAGCGCUGGGGGACGGCGACGUGCGCCGCGUGCUCCGCAUGAUCGAGCCCCGCGUCUUCGGGGACAGCGAGGGACGGCGGGAAGAGGAGGAGGAGGAGGAGGAGGAGGGGAAGGCCAUCGAGGCUGGCGAGGAAGAGGAGGGGGAGGAUGAGGAGGCGAGGAGGAAAAAGGCCGUGGAGGCUGGAGAGCUGGAGGAGGAGGAGGAAGAGGAGGAGGAAGAAGUGAGGAGGAGGAAGGCCAUCGAGGCUGGAGAGCUGCAGGAGGAGGAGGAGGAUGAGGAGGAGGCCAGGAGGACGAAGGCCAUCGAGGCCGCGGAGGUGCAGGAGGAAGAGGAGGAGAAGGAGGAAGAGCCGGAGGAGGGGCUGCUGCAGAUGAAGCUGCCGGAGUCGGUCAAGCUGCAGAUGUGCCACCUGCUGCAGCACCUGUGCGAGCGGGAGCUGCAGCACCGUGUCGAGGCCAUCGUGGCCUUCUCGGAGCGCCACGUGCAGCGGCUGCAGCGGGACCAGCGGCGCCGCUACGGCCGCCUGAUGCGGGCUCUGACCAUGUCGGCCGCAGAGACCGCCCGGCGCACCCGCGAGUUCCGCUCGCCCCCGCAGGAGCAGAUCAACAUGCUGAUGCAGUACAAGGGAGGGGCUGAGGAUGAGGAGUGUCCUGUGCCUGGGGACAUCCGGGACGAGCUGCUGGACUUCCACAACGACCUGCUGGCCCACUGCGGCGUGGAGCUGACGGAGGAGGAAGAGGAGGAGGAAGAGGAGACGUCGCUGCGGCAGCGGCUGCUGGGGCUGGUGCAGAAGGUGGUGGGGGUCCGGGGCCCCCCCAAGGAGGAGGAGACCCCCCCCGAGGAGCCCCCGGUGCCCAGCACGCUGCAGGAGCUGAUCUCGCAGACCAUGGUGCACUGGGCGCAGGAGUCGUUCAUCCAGAGCCCGGCGCUGGUGCGGGCCAUGUUCAGCCUGCUGCACCGGCAGUACGACGCGCUGGGCGAGCUGGGCCGCGCCCUGCCCAAGGCUUACGCCAUCAGCGCCACCUCGGUGCCCGACACCACGGCCCUGCUCGAGUGCCUGGGCCAGAUCCGCUCGCUGCUCAUCGUGCAGAUGGGCCCCGAGGAGGAGAACCUCAUGAUCCAGAGCAUCGGGAACAUCAUGAACAACAAGGUGUUCUACCAGCACCCCAACCUGAUGCGGGCUCUGGGCAUGCACGAGACCGUGAUGCAGGUGAUGGUCAGCGUGCUGGGCGGCGGCGAGUCCAAGGAGAUCCGCUUCCCCAAGAUGGUGACCAACUGCUGCCGCUUCCUCUGCUACUUCUGCCGCAUCAGCCGCCAGAACCAGCGCUCCAUGUUCGACCACCUGGGCUACCUGCUGGAGAACAGCGGCAUUGGCCAAGGCAUGCAGGGCUCCACCCCCCUGGACGUGGCGGCCGCGUCUGUCAUCGACAACAACGAGCUGGCGCUGGCCCUCAAGGAGCAGGACCUGGAGAAGGUGGUGACGUACCUGGCGAGCUGUGGCCUGCAGAGCUGCCCCAUGCUGCUGGCCAAGGGUUACCCCGACAUCGGCUGGAACCCCUGCGGGGGUGAGAAGUACCUGGACUUCCUGCGCUUCGCCGUCUUCGUCAACGGGGAGAGCGUGGAGGAGAACGCCAACGUGGUGGUGCGGCUGCUGAUCCGGCGCCCCGAGUGCUUCGGGCCGGCGCUGCGGGGCGAGGGGGGCAGCGGGCUGCUGGCCGCCAUCCAGGACGCCCUGAGCAUCGCCCAGGACCCCGCGCGGGACGGGCCCAGCGGCCGCAGGGAGAGGAGGCCGUUCGGGCCCGAGGAGCCCCCCGAGGAGAACCGCGUGCACCUGGGCCACGCCAUCAUGUCCUUCUACGCCGCCCUCAUCGACCUGCUGGGCCGCUGCGCCCCCGAGAUGCACCUGAUCCAGGCGGGGAAGGGGGAGGCCCUGCGGAUCCGGGCCAUCCUGCGCUCGCUCGUCCCGCUCGAGGACCUGGUGGGGAUCAUCAGCCUCCCCCUGCAGAUCCCGGCGCUGGGAAAAGAUGGGAACGUGGUGGAGCCCCGUAUGGCCGCCAGCUUCGUCCCCGAGCACAAGGCGCCCAUGGUGCUGUUCCUGGACCGCGUUUAUGGGGUGCAGAACCAGGAGUUCCUGCUCCACGUGCUGGAAGUGGGGUUCCUGCCCGACAUGCGCGCGGCCGCCUCGCUGGACACGGCGACGUUCAGCACGACGGAGAUGGCGCUGGCGCUGAACCGGUACCUGUGCCUGGCGGUGAUGCCGCUCAUCACCAAGUGCGCGCCGCUCUUCGCGGGCACCGAGCACCGCGCCAUCAUGGUGGACUCCAUGCUGCACACCAUCUACCGCCUGUCGCGGGGCCGCGCCCUCACCAAGGCCCAGCGCGACGCCAUCGAGGAGUGCCUCAUGGCCCUCUGCAGGUACAUCCGCCCCUCGAUGCUGCAGCACCUCCUGCGCCGCCUCGUCUUCGACGUCCCCAUCCUCAACGAGUUCGCCAAGAUGCCCCUCAAGCUGCUGACCAACCACUACGAGCGCUGCUGGAGGUACUACUGCCUGCCCAGCGGGUGGCCCAACAUGGGCGUCAGCUCCGAGGAGGAGCUGCACCUCACCAGGAAGCUCUUCUGGGGCAUCUUCGACUCCCUGGCGCACAAGAAGUUCGAGGCCGAGCUCUACAAGCUGGCCAUGCCGUGCCUCUGCGCCAUCGCCGGCGCGCUCCCGCCCGACUACGUGGACGCCAGCUACUCGUCCCGCACCGAGAAGAAGGCCUCGGUGGACGCCGAGGGCAACUUCGACCCCAAACCCGUGGAGACCCUCAAGUAGGGCUCC